UGCAGAAUAGCUUUUUUUCUUGCUUGCUUUAAAUAGCCAGCACCUUUUUCUUAUUGCUUUCACGGUUCCCCAGUCAGCCAGACCCCUGACAGCUCAUUCCUUCAAGCUUGAGAAUUUGAUUGUUGUAAGCAUAACAGUGGAGGGGCGAAAGGCGACACUGACCUUUUGAAGGUGGGAUGGAUUACAGAGUCCCCGGGGCAGUGAUCAAUGGAGAAAUACCUGCACAAGCCUCUGGGGAGAAGAAGAAGAAGAAGAAGAAGCAGAAGCAAGAAGCAAGAGAUCAAACACUAGAACGCGACCACUGGAACAACAAAAUGGAAUAUGUGCUCUCUGUAGCAGGAGAAAUCAUUGGCUUGGGGAACGUCUGGCGGUUCCCUUAUCUCUGCUACAAGAAUGGUGGUGGUGCCUUCUUCAUCCCCUACCUCAUCUUCCUUUUCACCUGCGGGAUCCCAGUAUUCUUCCUGGAGACGGCACUUGGGCAGUACACCAGCCAGGGAGGUGUCACUUCCUGGCGGAGGCUGUGCCCUCUCUUUGAAGGAAUUGGUUAUGCUUCCCAGGUGAUUGUUGUACUACUUAAUUUCUAUUACAUUAUUGUUCUGGCCUGGGCCUUGUUUUACCUCUUCAGCUCAUUCACCAUAGACCUUCCAUGGGGCAGCUGUGAUCAUGAGUGGAACACAGAGAACUGUGUGGAAUUCCAGAAGACAAACACUUCGCUAAAUGUGUCGGCCGAAAAUGCCACCUCUCCUGUCAUCGAGUUUUGGGAGAGGAGAGUACUCAACAUUUCUGACGGCAUAGAGCACUUGGGAGGUGUGCGGUGGGAACUGGCUCUCUGUCUCCUGCUGGCCUGGAUCAUCUGCUACUUCUGCAUCUGGAAAGGAGUCAAGUCCACAGGCAAGGUGGUGUACUUCACUGCUACGUUCCCAUACCUCAUGCUGGUAGUUCUGCUGAUCAGGGGUGUCUCCCUUCCCGGGGCAUCUAAAGGGAUCCUCUUCUACCUUUACCCAGACCUCACUCGGCUCAGUGAUCCCCAGGUAUGGAUGGAUGCUGGCACUCAGAUCUUCUUCUCUUACGCCAUUUGCCUUGGAUGCCUGACAGCUCUGGGCAGCUACAACAAGUAUCAUAACAACUGCUUCAGGGACUGCAUUGCUCUGUGUUUUUUGAACAGUGGGACAAGUUUUGUGGCUGGUGUUGCAAUCUUUUCCAUCUUGGGCUUUAUGGCGCAGGAGCAGGGAGUGCCUAUUUCUGAGGUAGCUGAGUCAGGGCCUGGCUUGGCGUUCAUAGCCUACCCGCGAGCUGUCGUCAUGCUGCCUUUCUCACCACUAUGGGCCUGCUUCUUCUUCAUCAUGGUGGUUCUGCUGGGACUGGACAGCCAGUUUGUCUGUGUGGAGAGCCUGGUGACGGCCCUAGUUGACAUGUAUCCUGGAAUCUUCCGGAAAAAGAACCGCAGAGAAAUGCUAAUCCUUAUUGUAUCCAUCCUCUCAUUCCUCGUGGGACUGGUCAUGAUCACAGAGGGUGGGAUGUAUGUCUUCCAACUGUUUGACUACUAUGCUGCUAGUGGGAUGUGCCUGCUCUUUGUCGCCAUUUUUGAAACCCUGUGCAUUGGAUGGGUAUAUGGCGCUGACCGUUUCUAUGAUAACAUUGAAGACAUGAUUGGCUACCGGCCAUGGGCUGUCAUCAAAUACUGUUGGCUAUUCAUCACUCCAGCUGUCUGCGUGGCUACAUUUCUCUUUUCUCUCAUUAAAUACACCCCACUGACAUACAACAAGAAAUACGUGUACCCAUGGUGGGGAGACACGGUGGGCUGGCUGCUGGGACUCUCAUCCAUGAUCUGCAUCCCGCUCUGGAUUGUCUAUAAACUUUCCACCAUCAAGGGCUCCCUGAGAGAGAGAUUCCAUCAACUUGUCUGUCCAGAUGAAGACUUGCCCCAAGGCAUGUGCCCAAGACAAUCUUUUCCAGCCUCCAAAACAAGGCUCCUGAUGCUGACUGAGUUGGAUUCUCACUGUUAGAGGGAAGCAAGCCCCUUCUGCAUUGGACAAUCCUGGACUUUGCCUGUGGCCAAGGAGAGAGGGACCCAGGAGCUGAUUUCCCCUUCCCCCCUUCCGAAGGAUCCGUGGUGGCUGCUAGGGAAAGAGAGUUCUCCCAAGACGUUGUGGUGGAAGCUGAUUCAGCUUUGUCUUUUCUCUGGGGGCACAACCACAGGAGAUGGUUCAAACCAAAAUGUUCCUCCUGUGAGAUCUUCCAGGAGUGGGACUGGAAGGACAGAAGCCUGGGAUGGAAAUACUUAACACCGUCACAGAAGCAUUUUAUCUUGCAUGGGUUUUAGGGAGCUUCCCAUUCCAUCUAUAAAAUCAUUGUUCUUUCCA